AUGUACGGCGACGGCGUAUUCAGAUACCGCAAUGGCAUCUGCGUUGCUCAAAUCAUCACCUUUUCAAUCUCCCUUGUCUUCGCUGCUUCCUUCUACUGCACAGGACGAAUCGGCUGGUUCUGUAUCGGCGUCUUCUCACUCAUACGGCUUGUUAGUGCAAGCUGCUAUUUGGCUAUCAUGAGCAACGACUCCGAAAGUCUGUGGGCAACGGUCUUCGUCUGCGAAUCUCUGGGUAUCAUGCUCAUCAUCUUCUUGUUUCUGGAGUUGUUGUAUAGAGUGAAUAAGGUGGUGUCUGUGGUGCACAAACGCUACUUUUACAUACCACAACUGCUUACCUGGACCGACAUCGUCAUCUCUAUUGUCGGAUACAUUGUCAUUAAAAACAAAGACGACAACCGGCUGGAUCCUACGCCUUAUGAUCAAGCGAGCAGAGCUAUCGUUACUGUAAUUUAUGUUUACACUCUCUGGCUACUGUGGGUCUUCUGGCGUUUCCAGGAUAUGUCUGCAUAUGCAUUACCGGAAAGAAGAGCGAUACGCGCAGUAGUCUACUGUAUCCCUUUGAUGAUUGUUAGACUGGUCUACUCGCUCAUCUUUGAAGCUACAGGAGACAAGACUUUCAACUCGAGCAAAGGGGAUCCCACGGCUUAUCUCACCAUGACUUAUCUUCCUGAGUUGGGGAUCAUUGCUGUUUGUACUGCAAUCGUAUUGGGCAUUCCCNCAAUCGAGAAACAGAAACAGGACGUGGAGAGAGGAGCAAUGACUGAGGAGAGCAACAACGGGGAAGUUGACGAAACAGAGAGUCAUCACAACCGCAGAAGAAUACACGCUUCGACAUAG